UUUUUGUUUUCUAACAGUUUUUUCUACUCAUUUGUCGACAUAUUGUUAGGGAGUGUAGAUAAAGUUUCAGAUUUGAAUAAAUAUAACUCAAGAAAAUGGGCAGAAAGAAGAAGAAGCCGCAGAAGCCUUGGUGUUGGUAUUGCAAUCGGGAAUUCGAAGACGAAAAAAUACUCAUUCAACAUCAAAAAGCCAAACACUUCAAAUGUCAUAUAUGCAACAAAAAACUCUUCACAGGCCCAGGGCUGGCUAUUCAUUGUAUGCAGGUACACAAGGAAACGAUUGAUAAAAUUCCUGGGGCAGUGCCAGGGAGGGACAAUGUUAAUAUCGAAGUUUAUGGAAUGGAAGGAUUGCCGCCCGAUGCAAAACCUAAUGAAACAACUCCACCACCAUCUAAAAUCCCCCGUCCUGCAAUGCCGCCUUUACCACCUGUUGCUCCACCCAUGUUAAUGCCUGGGAUGGCAGCUUUGCAACAAUUCCAGGCGGCUGGUGGUUUGAUACGAAUGCCUGCGAUGGGGAUGAGGCCUUUUAUGCCACCUUUCGGCCCCAAUGGCUCUUUUCCAAUGAUGCGUCCACCAAUUCACGGCAUGCCAGCACAAAUCAUGUCAAAUAUGAUCCCUACAAGUUCGUCGUCAGCUCCAAAUUUCUUACAAAUGGAAGAUGCCCCGCCAUUGCCGCCAACACCGGCUGCUGCUUUUGCUGCUUAUCAAGAAUCAAAAGAUACGAGGGGCGAAAAUAAAAAUGAUGAAGGAGGAGAGGCGUCAACUUCAAAGAAACCUGAAGGAGGGGUUUUUAUUGGCGCCAAAACGAGGAUAAUUUGCCCGGAUGAGUAUGAGUCAUUGGAGGAAUUAAUGGCAAUACGUAUCGUUCCACAAUUUGCUCGCAGUUUAGCAGCUCAUUUUCGACCUUAAAAUCGAAAUGGUAUUGGGAGACAUUUAUUUUUUUGUAAGUUUAUAAGUUGCUAAAAUUCAAAAAUAUUUCUGACCUCCACCCAGUUUUCUCUCCACAAAAAUUUUUUAAAAAAUGGAGGAGAGGCGCUUCUCUCAAAAAAUUUUUGAGAUAAUAAAGUCUCUCGAAUUCUUGUCUGUGUUCUUUCAAUUUGUUUUGUUUUCUCUUUGCAACAGAGAGGUUAGCGAAAAAAAAUUGUAGAAAAAAUUUUCUCUGAAAAAUAUUUUUAAAAAUUUAUUUAAGUAAAGGAAAAAAUCAGAAUUUUUUAAUGGGAAUAAAUUUCUUCAAGGUUUGAAUUAUAAAAACCAAAAAAAAAGUUUUUUCUUGGCAUUUAGCUAUGGCACUACAAGAGCAGGAAAGAGUUUAUCAAGGGGUCUUUAUAUAAUUUUGAAAAAAAAUUUUUUUCGUUUUCUUAAAUUUAUUUGGGUAGUUUGAGGACCUUAAAAUAAUCCCUGGUCUGUUGGCAAAAAUUUGCAGAAAAAUC